ACUUCCUGGUUCACUUUUUCAGAUGGUCCAAUCAUAAGGAAAUACGACACACUAUAUUUCAGUAUUUGAUGCGAUAAUCAUUUCGAAUCACAGCAAUUCAACAUUCGUUUACACCAGUGAAACAACCUGGGCUCUGUAGAAUUUAGAAAUGGAAGAAACUGCAUCUGUACCCCACCAACUUGAUGAAAAUAAUCAGACGGUGUCCCUGACACACCUUCCAGAUAUUUGCUUAGUGAAGAUAUUGUCAUAUUUGGACCUUCCCGAUCGACUGAAUGUUGCACGCACAUCAAGCAUACUGGGAGACAGGUCCAGUCAUCCAUCACUUUGGCACAAAGUAAUAAUUCAGAUAUGUGGACUUAACAAUGACGAAAAUGACAGAGAAAAUGCCUUAAACCUUGCAUUGAGAAAUAAAGCAAUGAUCGAAAAGUUUGGACAUUUCUUUAAAGAUCUAAGACUCAUGUAUUACGGGGAAGUCAAUCAUCUCUAUCAAGUUGUGCAAGAUGUGAUGAAUGCCAUCACAAAAUCAUGUAGGCUAGAGUCAUUAACUUUGGAUCUCGAUGCACGUCUAGCUGAACAUGAAAGGGAUACUGCUGAUACACAAGAAGGGGGACAAAUUACACGUGAAAUGUUGUAUGAGCCGAUAUCAAAUUUGAUAAGUACAUUACCCCACUUGCGUUCUUUUGCAUUAAAAUUCUGGAGUAUUCGCUCAUUAGUUCAUACGAGUAACUUUAACUUAUUGAAGUCCCUCUCCAGCAAUACUCAGAUUCAGAAUCUAGAAAAGUUGGAUUUAUUCUUGGGAGAUCCAAACAGUUGCAAAGCCAGGAACCACACUUGUGAACUAAUUGGACCCAGACCUGAAUAUAUGGAAACAUUUUUUCAGGGAUAUUUCAAGCACUUGAAACACCUAUGUCUUCGCACUAGCAUGCUAAAUGAGAGAGUUCUUCUAUCAUUGACUGAAAUUGAGAGGGCUCCGUUGAAAUUUCUCAAGAUUAUGGUGUGUUGUGCCAUUAUUCCAAAGAUUUCCUCGGAUGUCUGGACAAAACUUACAGGAUUUUGUCCAGAUUUGGAGGUGGAGAUUUUCAUAGCUUUAAGAAGAGCAACCGGGCACUGGCAUAUGCCUUUCGAGUAUAACAGUAACUCGUAUUUGUUACGUGCAGACUUCCUGAAGCCUGAGAUACCUUUGGUUGCAAUGAGCUACAGCAGGUUUACCCCAUAUUGGCGCAGGAAUUUUUCAUUGAUGCCUGAAAUAUAUCGCAACACUUUGAGAGAAUUCACAAGCCUUAGCACAAUUUUUGAUAAUAUUGAUGCCGAGCUUGUUGCCAUGGUAACUAUAUGCCAUAACUUACAACAUUUCUGUUAUCAUGGAAAGCUAAAAUACCAGACUGCAAUCACCAUUGCUCGUCUUAAAGGAGAAAAUUGGAAACAUUUUGAGCUAGUUAAAGGACAGAUCAAUUUAACAGACCAAAAUCAACAUGACCACAAUGGAACUAUCUCAAUAGAAGAUCUAAAUAGGGAGGUGUCGAGCGCCUUAAAACGCACGUGGAGACCCGUUGAGCAUGCAAUGUCGAAGGCAUCUUAUCGGGCAUCUCAUCUUGACGACGACAUUUUAAAAGUAAAUGAAUCAAGUAACCCAUGCGCCCUUGGGGUUUAGGGGGUGCUUUCAAAAUAUUGAUAUUGAAAGAACUUGUAUACUUACAAUUCAAUGAAUCUAUCAAUUUAAGUCAAUAUAAUGAUGCUCUCAAACAUAAAUAAUGAUAUUUCAGAUUGAUCCCAAUGAAUAUAUGAAUAAUUUAUAUGUUUGGUGUUCUCCAAACGGGGAGUGCUCUCUUUUGAAAACCUAGGCUAAGGCUAAGGAACAUUUCCUACCCUAA